GCUGCCGCAUGUGUUACAUAAGACCGAGUGGAGAAAAAUUUUCUUGCACUUGUGAUAGUCGUCAAAAUGUUAUCCUCGUUAAGAAAUGUGUUAAAAGUUGGUUCCCAGGUCCAACAAAUGAAUUUUGUUGGACAAUUCACUCGGAGCUAUGCGGCCAAAGCGGCAGCGAAAGCAGCCGCCGGGGCGCAAGGUAAAGUUGUCGCCGUAAUCGGUGCCGUCGUCGAUGUGCAAUUUGACGAUAACCUUCCACCCAUCCUGAAUGCUCUGGAAGUGCAGGAGCGCGGUUCCCGACUGGUACUCGAGGUGGCCCAGCAUCUCGGUGAGAACACCGUCCGCACCAUUGCUAUGGACGGUACCGAAGGUCUAGUGCGCGGACAACGGGUACUGGAUACCGGAUCCCCUAUCCGUAUCCCAGUCGGGGCGGAAACUCUGGGACGUAUCAUUAACGUAAUCGGUGAGCCAAUCGACGAGCGUGGCCCAAUCGAAACAAAUCUCUCAGCGCCAAUUCACGCGGAAGCUCCUGAGUUCAUUGAAAUGAGUGUUGAACAAGAAAUUUUAGUGACGGGAAUCAAGGUCGUGGAUCUGCUUGCUCCGUACGCUAAGGGUGGCAAAAUUGGCCUGUUCGGCGGAGCUGGUGUCGGCAAGACUGUACUGAUUAUGGAGCUGAUUAAUAACGUUGCCAAGGCUCAUGGUGGUUAUUCCGUUUUUGCUGGAGUUGGUGAGCGAACCCGUGAGGGUAAUGAUUUGUACAAUGAAAUGAUUGAGGGAGGCGUUAUCUCUCUAAAGGACAAGUCCUCUAAGGUAGCACUCGUGUACGGUCAAAUGAACGAGCCUCCCGGUGCCCGUGCUCGUGUUGCUCUUACUGGGUUGACUGUUGCUGAAUAUUUCCGUGACCAAGAGGGUCAAGAUGUGCUGCUCUUCAUCGACAACAUUUUCCGCUUUACUCAGGCUGGUUCUGAGGUGUCUGCUCUGUUGGGUCGUAUUCCAUCUGCUGUCGGUUACCAACCAACCUUAGCCACGGACAUGGGUAGCAUGCAGGAGCGUAUUACCACUACUAAGAAAGGUUCUAUCACAUCUGUGCAGGCUAUCUACGUACCGGCUGACGAUUUGACCGAUCCCGCUCCGGCCACCACUUUUGCUCACUUGGAUGCCACUACUGUGCUGUCUCGUGCUAUUGCUGAAUUGGGUAUCUACCCGGCCGUAGAUCCACUGGAUUCGACCUCCCGUAUUAUGGAUCCAAAUAUCAUUGGUGCCGAGCAUUACAACAUUGCCCGUGGUGUCCAGAAAAUUUUGCAGGAUUACAAAUCGCUUCAGGAUAUUAUUGCCAUUCUCGGUAUGGACGAGUUGUCCGAGGAAGAUAAAUUAACCGUUGCUCGCGCCCGUAAGAUCCAACGAUUCCUGUCGCAGCCCUUCCAGGUGGCUGAGGUGUUCACUGGUCACGCAGGAAAAUUAGUGCCCUUGGAAGAAACCAUCAAGGGUUUCACCAAGAUUCUGAAUGGUGAACUCGAUCACUUGCCGGAAGUCGCCUUCUACAUGGUCGGUCCGAUUGAGGAAGUUGUAGAAAAAGCUGAGCGCCUAGCUAAGGAAGCAGCUUAAAUGGAUAAAUAUUAUUAAAAUUAUUAACCAGUUAAGCACUUUAAUUAUCCGACACCGUAAUAUGUAUUGGUGAAAACUAAACUGAAUAAACAUAAAGCUAAAC